UAGAAACAGCUGGAAUAAACAAGUUUGUUUUUUUUUUUUACAGUAUUCACUAAGGGAGAAACAAUUUUUGGAAAAUGCAGCAAUAUAUGGAUAUAAACUGCAUUAAGAAGGAAUAUCCGGAUGAUUAUGAAGUACCAGAAUAUGAAAUGGACAUAGGACCCAUUAAAAUAGAAGAGCGUCUGCAUACGGAAAUAAAACAGGAAUGCGAUGAAACACAGCAGACGAUAAACAGUUUGGGAGGUGAAAACCAUUUGGAGCUCUGUCAAUGCAUUCCAGUUGCUCCCGCAGCCUCCACUGAAGCCAAAUCAAAUAAUCGUCGUUCGACUGUGAACGAACUGCGUGAACGAUUGAUGAAGGUGGACAUGGCAAGCGCUCAAGUAAAUAAAUCCAAGUCAAGUAAUCUCACUGCUGAGCAGUCCGGGCGACAGUCUUCCUCUUCAUCCCUGCCGCGUGCCCAGCAAAUGCGCGAUCUGCGCCAGCGUCUCAUGAAUUUGGAACGCCCAAAGGAAGUGCCUCAGCAAAAGCCUAAGAUAUCGAGCAGCCAACGCAAACGUGAGCUGCAUCAGCGUCUGCUGCAGCUGGAUCAGAGAGGCGAACUAACAGAGAGGGCGAGAAGCCAAUCGAGCGAAGAUCGAGCUCGCAGUCUCACAGCGAACUCGAGUGCCCAACAGGACAACAACACAGACAAUUCCAGCAACAACAACAACAACUGCACCAGCUCACGUGCAAGGACACCACCUGAGCUGAACGUUAAGCGAAUGCACGAAUUUCGUCAGCGUCUGCUAAAACUCGACAAAUCACGCCCAGAAUUCAAAAGCACAAACAAAAGAAAAGAAAGCGGGAUUAAAAUAAAUAGAAUAAUAAAGGAUAAAGCUAAGGAAUUGAUAAUAGUAAAAGAUGAUGAUAAUGAUUAAUAUAAUUUACGUUUUUAACUCUGCGAGAGCAGAAACUAAUGCGAAUAGUAGUAGUAAAGGUAUUAUAUAUAUAUAUGUAUAUAUAUCAUUUGUCCGCCACUAGAUUUAAAAUCGUAAUAUAUAUUAUAUUAUAUAGGCAUUACAGUCCGAAUAUUCGUCCCCUCGUUAAUUCGUAAAAUAUUUUCCUAUUAAAAUAGACUUUUUUUAUGAAUUGAAACUAUGUUUCGAAACCUCCCGAAAAUUAUAAGGCCAAAUUUAUUUUGAUUACCUAAUUGUCGCUGGGUUUUGCAAACAGCUAUGCGAUCUUUAUUUUAUUGAUUUUGCGGUUUAUCCAGCAUAAUUUCAACAGAUAUCAAAACGAUUUGCCACUUCCAUAAUUGGAAUAUUUGAAUAUUAACUUUAUGUGAAACAGAAAAGGUGUUCAAGGUGUUGCCACGCCCCCGAUUACCGACGAUAUGUCAUAUUUUAUUGAUUUCUGAAUGUCUUUAGCUCUUUAGCAUUAUUUCAAAGUAUAGCAGAAUUAGGGAAAAGCCCCAGGCAAACGUAGACAUAUAAAUGUCAGUCAACGCUUCGAACUUCAAAGUUAGAAGGCGUCAAUUAGCAAAUCGCGUAUAUAUGCCGGCGUGUGUUUGAUUUAAUCUCGGUGAUACGCAUUCUGAGUGACCUUCUUCUAUAAUAAGUAGAGAACUGUUUAUAUGUAUAUGCUAUGGUACAGUACUGAUUAAUCUAUUGAAUCUGUAACUUUGUUGAAAUUAGUCGUAUUCCUAGAAAAAAACAUAAGACUUGAACAAAAUGAAUUUCUUCAGCUGUGCUUAAAGAUUUUCGAGAUUUUUAUUAAUAUAAUAUGCUAGUGUCCAUUAUCCAAGCAUCACUGUAUAAUGUUACUCUGUAUAAGAUUAUUUUCAAGCAAUAUUAUUGAAUGCUAUAAGAUCUGUAAA